CAACGUGUCAUUUUGAGUUGAAAGUUACAAGCAUGUUCAUAGCUGUUUGACUUUGGGACACUGGCGGAUGAGCGUGGAGAAAAAAAAUCCACAACUACUCUGGAUUUAUUACCCGAAUUUCUGAAAGAUUCUUGCUUAUUUCUUCAUUGCUACAUCCAAACAGAUAAGGAUGAUGAAUAAACACUUUGGGAAAAGUGGGAAUGUGAGUGAGCUGGUCAGCUCCCUCAGCUGGCUUGAGGAGGAUGGCAGCUCCCAGGAUGGAGAUGAAAGUCCAGAGAUGAAGAGUCAUCACCACGGCCUGGCUCUGGGAGGUCAGAUUCACUCCUGCGGAGAACUGGGCAGUGAGGAUAUGGAGGAAGAAGAGGAGGAGGAUGAUGAAGAGGAGAUGGGGCUUAAUGGAGAAAAUUGCCCCAAAAGGAGAGGUCCCAAGAAGAAGAAGAUGACCAAAGCUAGGCAGGAGAGGUUUCGUGCCCGAAGGAUCAAAGCCAAUGCAAGGGAGCGCUCUCGAAUGCAUGGGCUCAACAACGCUUUGGAUAACCUGCGCAGAGUGAUGCCCUGCUACUCCAAAACUCAGAAACUAUCAAAGAUUGAGACUCUGCGGCUAGCACGCAACUACAUCUGGGCUCUUUCUGAGGUGCUCGAGAAUGGUCAGUCCACAGAGAGCCAUGGGUUUGUGGAGAUGUUGUGCAAAGGUCUGUCUCAGCCCACAAGUAACCUCGUAGCUGGCUGCCUGCAGCUUUGGCCCACCCCUCUUAAUAUGAGCAAGCUUGAGGACAAAUGUGGAAGUCAAGUAGUAGGUGACCGAGUGGCUGGACAUCCACUCAGCUACCCAUCCCCAGGACUUCCCAGCCCACCAUAUGGCUCCCUUGAAGCAUCCCACCUUCUUCAAAUGAAGGGGUUCAAAGUGCCUGUAUAUGACAACCCCUCCCCUAACGAGUGCAGCAGUAGCACCCCUCCAUACGACGGGCCUCUCACUCCCCCCCUCAGCAUCAGUAGUAACUUUGCCUUGAAGCAGGAGCCAUCUCCACAGGAAUCAGAAAGGAACUACACAUCCCACCCUGGUCACCAUGCCCACUACCUCUCAGCUCACCAUUUCCCCACUACCACAGCUGGCAGUCUAUCAGGGGGAGUCCAAGCUCACCCAAACUUUCAGGCUUCACGUUAUGAGCUGCCCCUGGAUUUGGCCUUUGAGUCUUUCACUCCCUCUCACUUGGUCACCUCUCAGAUGGGAACGAUCUAGGAUCAAAUAAAACCAGGAAGUGACUGGUCAGAAACUGACCACAGAAGUGGAGCUGCCAAUCUAAGCUGAGAGGGAAAGACUUUUCAUUUCAACUCAAUCUACCUGAUGCAAACAUGCACCCAUAUUUUUUCCUUUUAUUUAUUCUUUUGUCUGAUUGAUGCUUAAAUUCUAAUUUCUGAAUGUUAACUCUGUAGUUAGGAAAGAGUAAAACUGGCCAAAACUUUACUCAGGCAAUAGUAAAGUACAAUUAGAGCUUAAGUUUGAACUCAAGACCUCUGAGAACAAAUUGAUCCAAUAUUUAUCCAGUUAAAUUCAUGCACUAAAAACUACAGUCUUGAGUUUUAAGAAAACAACUAUUUAUAUGUAUUUAUUAUUUAUUUUGAUAGCAUCUUGUCCUUUUUUUAUAUUUCUCUCUGCACAGUUUAUGUGUCACUGUCUUCAUGGUUUGUUGCCAUCCACUGGUAGCUGUACUGUGCUUAAGAUAUUUAAUUUAAGUUCUUUCAGGUACUUAACCAUUUUUAUGUUGCCAUUUCUGUCAUAUGUGAUGUUAAUAUUUUGCUGUUUCGCACUUACUGAAAUAAAUAUUCUUAUAUUAUAUGCUAAUUCCA